AUGUAUUUGGAGAAAAUGUGUCAAGCAGGAAUCAUUGAACCAGCUAUAAGUCAGUACUGUAAUCCCUUUCGAAUCGUACGUAAAAGCGACGGUGCGAUACGGGUGUGUCUCGAUGCAAGAAACCUAAACAAAUAUUUAGAAGAGGACCACGAAGCACCACCAAUAAUAACAGACAUCAUGCAAGUGUUUUUCAAAUGUAAAUAUUUCUCGAAGAUAGACAUGACGAUGGGCUACUGGCAAAUUUUACUUGAUAAAGAAUCACGACCACUGACUGCAUUCGUCUUUAAGGGUCGAAUGUAUCAAUUCAUACGCGUACCUUUCGGUAUAAGCACAGCGAGUAGUGCUUUCAUUCGAGCUUUUACAAUGGCGUUAUCGAACCAGGCUCCCAUCAUGAACAUUUUCGAAAGACAACCAGAGGGAGAAAGCAAUACUGAGAAAGAAAACAAUCAACACAUACUUGGAGUAUGUAAUUAUUACCAACGUUUCGCAAUAAAACACAACAAUUUUAUAUCACUGUUUCGAGAUUUAUUAAAAGAUAAUUCAGAAUGGUUAUGGACCGAACAACAUACUCGCGCCUUUGACGCACUAAAGCGAAAUUUUACUCAUACUGUUUGCUUGAGUCAUGUUAUUCCGAACAUCCCAUUUAAAGUUCAAACAGAUGCAAGCAAUAGUGGUAUAGCAGGUAUUUUAUAUCAAAUAGAUGAAAAUAAGGAACAUGGCAUAAUUUCUCUUGCCAGUAGAUGUUUAACACAAACUGGAACAAAAUAUACAACGACAGAAUUAGAGCUUCUAAGCAUCGUGUAUAGUAUUGCGAAAUUCAGAAGAUACCUCAUUAAAAAAAAUCAUGAAGAAUACAGCAGAAAAGCAAAAUCAAGACCCAGCUUGCCAAAAUUUUCUUAA